CCCAAAACCACCGCGAUCGCAAACCACACCACGUACCCGCAACACGCUCUCCAACCGCCAAAAUGGCCCCAAUCCAAGCCCAAGACGAAGACGCCUCCCUCCUCCACAUCGAACGCAUAUCGCAAUACGUCUCCCUCUCGCCCGCCUCGCUCGCAACCCCCCUCCCCUCGCUCUGCGCCUGCAUCUUCUCCCCGCUGCUCCUCUCGUACUUCCCGCCCGCAAAAGGCAUCGUCCUGGCCUACGAAGACGUCUCACUAUCCUCAUCACCGCCUUCGAAAACCACCCCAACAAACGACAACGACCCGCCCCUCCUCCUCCUAAAACACAUCGACGAAUACACCGCCCCCUUCCUCUGGGCCACAGCCUCCUUCCUCGUCUUCCGCCCCCGCACAGGCGCCCGCGUCCCCGCUCGCAUCACACACCAGAGCAGGACGCACAUCACGCUCGCGCACCUGAACACGUUUCCGAUCAGCGUGCUGAAGGAUUGUCUGCCCGCCGAGUGGGUGUGGGAGCAGACGGAGCAGGGGCGCGUGAGUAAAGGGUGGGAUGGGCGGAUCGCGGAUGAGGGGGGGAGGUGGGUGGAUGGGGAGGGGACGCCGGUCGAGGGCGAGAUGCGGGUUUGGAUUCGGGGCGUGGAGGGACGGAUGGAUGGGAGGGGGAAGGGGAAGGGGUUUCUUAGGUUGGAGGGGAGUCUGGUGAAGGAUGGGGAUGUGAGGGGGAAGGGGAAGAAGGGUAAGGGGAGGGAGGUGCUGGCUGGGGAUCAGGUGGAGCUUGUUGGUUGAAGGUCGCGAUCGAAACUGUCGAUUUAUCGCUCCUGGUGAGGAGCGACCAUGGCAUUGUAUAUGGAGUUUUGGCGCAUCACAUUCGUCCCAUCCACCGCCUAUCUGGCUGGUCAUAAAAAGAAUUCCACACGUUCUCAUCUUCUAGCAUGGGAUCCACGUCUCUCCGUCGAAAUAUCGCACUGCUGCGCCAGAUUCGUGAGCACCGGGUGGGCCAUGAAUAUAUAUGCAAACGUCUUUCGAUCCGAGGGAAAAGGUAUGGCUGGACAUAACCGUACCUCAUCCGCCUGUCGCCUCGAUUUCUCUGCCCCCCUUCCUCCUCGUACUUCACUUCACGCGGCUUGUUGUCCAUGUGGUCGCUAAUCUCGGCC